GUAAUUCACAUUCGCUCUACGCACAUUUUCCUCGUAUUUUCUUAUUAGGUACCUGCUUUUUUUCAAUAGAAUUAAAAAUGGAGAAAUAAUUGAAUUGUUUUGUAAUUUUUUAUUGUGAGUUUGUUGUUGUUUCAUUAUUUUUUUUGUCGAUAACCAGUUCAUGAAGUAAAAGUAAAAUAAAUAAGGAUAGGAGUUCGACUUCGAUCAAUGUUUUAGUGCUGCGUCCUGCGCUUUUUCCCCCAUUCCGCUUCGCUAUUGCGACAUUGCGAGCGAGUCAUAAUAAUUUUUUCUAGUUUUUGUUUAUUCCCUGCCAUACUUUUCUAUGAAAUGUGAAAUCCGGCUUUUGAAGCAAAAUGUAAACAAGGAGUCUGUGCCUGGCAGACGAUGAAGUGAGAAUAUAGUAAGUGCAGUGCGUGAUUUUUACAACCGACUACAGUGAGUCAGAGUUGUCUUGGCAAAAACCAAAGUUUUUGUAUUUGUUGUUAUUUGUUUUAAACAAUGUCGCACGAAGAAGAGGAGGAAGUGCGAUCGCUGUUGUCGCGCCAUCAGGAGCGUAUUAUUAGUGAUCUGCAAGGAACAGACCUGUUGGCAGUUUUGGUUAAAAAUUCCGUGUUGACAACAUCGGAGGAAGAACUUCUGAAAUCUUAUCCAGCUACAAUUAGGGGUUUAUCGCGAGCGGGAAGUGAAAGAAGUGCAAGUAGUGUUUAUGGUGAAGAUGGUGAUAACAGUUCACCAACACCAUCGGCUGGUGGUGGGAGCAUAAGUGCUCGAAGUGCUCGGGGGAGCGUUGUUUGUGAGAGUGGUAAUAGUGGUGGCGUCAGAGAGAACCCAAUGAUUAAUGACGCCGAUGUGCAGCGGUGGCAGUGUGCCAACUUAAUAGAAAUUAUUGCAAAAAGUGGCUUCGAGAGAUUCAAGCAGUUUUGUUAUGCCAUCGAAAAUGAAUGCCCACAACUGAUAGAAGACUUGAUCAACGAUCGUUUAAAAUGCGAUACAACAACUAUAGUGAGUUCGAACUCGAAUGAGGAAAAAAUCAAAAAAGAAUUGGACAGUGAUUACAUUGAAAAAGACAAGGACAUUGACCGUUCUCGUCGUGCGGUUAGUUACAGCGGUUCUACGACUAACUCACUGCCUAGAGCUGCUCCUCGACGGAUCUCUUUAAUGAAGGAACCACCACCACCGCCACCCCCAAAGCCCCCAUUAUCACACACAUCGUCUAUAAACUCUUCGAUCACGGCUCCUUCGCCGAUUCCAAGUAAAUUUCCUCAAACCGAAUACAAUUUAAUACAAAGACUAGAUUCUACGUCGAACUUGAGUGUAACGCAACAGAAUUUGUACCAAGCUCCAUCUACAAUAUCAAGUAACUAUUCGUCGUUGUUGUGUCAUGCACGUUCAACAACAAGUCCAACUGCGGUGCGUAAACGUGAGAAGCUACUGCAUCGAUUUAGUGAUGCGGCAACAUUGGGCAGGAAGCUGAAGAAGAAGAAGAACACGAAUCGGACAUGCCAUUCGAUGACGGAGGCGAUUGAGAUGCUAGCCGAUCCAGUGAUUGAGGAUGAGUUUUUUGGUGAUAGAACUACAUGGGAGUACCAUACAGUUGCAGUGACAAGAGUACCCGGAUAUGGAUUUGGUAUUGCUGUAUCGGGAGGUCGAGAUAAUCCACAUUUUGCUAAUGGUGACCCAUCGAUAGCUGUUAGUGAUGUGCUUAAAGGUGGACCUGCUGAAGAUCGAUUGCAAGUAAAUGACCGUAUCAUCUCGGUAAAUGGUGUAAGCCUAGAAAACGUCGAAUACGCCACCGCUGUUCAAGUAUUACGUGAUAGUGGAAACACAGUAACACUUGUAGUUAAACGACGAGUGCCCAUCAGUAGUACAUCAUCCCAUCAGCACUCACACAGCAUGAGCUCAGUUGGCUUAGUACAGCAACCCAUAACAUCGCCAGGUCUUAGCCCGGCGACUGCAUCACCAAUUCUGAAUGCUCCUGGACCUGGACAACCCAUUAAAGUCACCCUAACCAAAUCAAGUAAAAAAGAAGACUAUGGCGUUGUCCUCGGUUGUCGCCUUUUCAUAAAGGAAAUAUCUUCGAAAGCUCGGGAUCAACUUGCCGCUAACGGUUACUCUUUGCAAGAAGGUGAUGUUAUCAGUAGAAUACAUAACACAAACUGCGGUGACACAAUGAGCCUUAAAGAAGCCAAGAAAAUUAUAGAUGGAUGCAAAGAACGUCUGAAUUUGGUUGUUCUUCGAGACAUUACUAACCAAGGCGUGGCCACAAACGUGAAUACGAAUCACUUAAAUAACUCAACAACUCAGUCUUCGUUAUAUUCACACACGCAGCAAGUUUCAAAUUGCAGCAAUAAUCUAGAUGAUCCGUAUUUGGGUGGCGGAGCCAGUUAUUCAUCACAGAAUCUUUAUGUUCAACCACCGACUCGUUCCUCAAACGGUCCAGUGGGGUUAGUCGAUGAAAAGAGUAAUUUAACACCGCGAGGAAGGUCUCGAGGCCCUUUGAUGGAUGUAUCCCUUUCCCAGUUAGACCGACCAAGUACCCCACCAAAUGGAAAUAGCUCUCGAACGAGGACAGAUGAACCGCCCAGACCUCCACCACCACGUGGUAGUGGAACUGGUGAAGAUUUCUAUAGCUCGCGAAGACAACUGUAUGAUGAAGAUCCCUUGCAGAGGUCUCGGCAAUCAGCUGAACCAAGGUUUAUUUCCUUCCAAAAAGAAGGUAGUGUUGGAAUUCGGCUAACGGGAGGAAAUGAAGCUGGAAUUUUUGUAACCGCCGUUCAGCCCGGUAGUCCUGCUUCUUUGCAAGGCCUUACACCUGGUGACAAGAUUCUUAAAGUAAACGAUAUGGACAUGCAUGGUGUAACAAGAGAAGAAGCAGUUCUAUUUCUUCUCAGUCUCCAAGAUCGGAUCGACCUAAUUGUGCAAUACUGCAAAGAAGAAUACGAAGAGGUGGUGGCAAAUCAGCGUGGUGAUUCUUUCCAUAUAAAAACCCACUUCCAUUGCGAUAAUCCGUCCAAAGGAGAGAUGGCCUUCAAGGCAGGUGAUGUUUUUAGAGUAAUUGACACGCUUCAUAAUGGCGUAGUUGGUUCGUGGCAAGUGUUGAGAAUUGGACGUGGUCAUCAGGAGAUGCAGCGCGGUGUGAUUCCAAAUAAAUCUCGUGCCGAAGAAUUAGCCACCGCACAAUUUAAUGCCACAAAGAAAGAAAUGAAUGCAUCAGAAUCAAGGGGUAACUUCUUUAGGCGACGGAGGUCAACUCAUCGACGCUCUAAAAGUCUUUCGCGCGAGAACUGGGACGAUGUUGUCUUUUCUGACUCUAUUUCUAAGUUCCCAGCCUAUGAACGCGUUGUUCUCCGCCAUCCAGGCUUUGUUCGCCCAGUGGUUCUUUUCGGACCAGUCUCGGAUAUAUCCCGUGAGAAGUUGACCAAAGAUUUCCCUGAUAAAUUUACUGCACCACUGCAAGAUGAUGAUAAGACCAACUCCAAAUGCCGCAUUGUCAGACUGUCAAAUAUCCGUGACAUUAUGGAUCGCGGAAAGCACGCACUGCUCGAUAUUACACCAAAUGCUGUUGAUCGCCUUAAUUAUGCUCAGUUCUAUCCUAUUGUUAUUUUCCUGAAGACAGACAGUAAGCAUGUUAUCAAACAAAUGCGUCAUGGCAUACCGAAAUCAGCCCAUAAAAGUUCAAAAAAACUCUUAGAGCAAUGCCAGAAACUCGAACGUGUUUGGUCACAUAUUUUCAGUACACAAAUUGUACUGAAUGAUACAGAAUCAUGGUAUCGAAAAUUACGCGAAGCAAUAGAUUUGCAGCAAAGUGGUGCUGUUUGGAUGUCCGAAACUAAGCCUGUUGAAUCCCUAUCCGACGAUUUCCUAUUCCCAAUGACCACAUCCCGUCUAUCGUACGCAUCAAGUCCUGAAUCCGAUUUGGAAUUAAGUCCUGGACCAUCGACAUCAUUAUCACUAGGCAAUUUACCGCAAUUGGUUAAAUCCAGCUCAGAUCCAUCGAUUGCAACUAAUCAGGAUAACUUGGAUAGGGAUAGAGACAUUAUUGGUGAAGGAUUACCACCCCCAUAUACGAAUCCCUAUGAACAACCGAAUCCCCCACAAAAUCGUCGUCAAACCAUGGACACUAGUCUAACAAGUAAAUAUAGCUAUCCUUCGGCAGUGAAUCAAUCGGUGACUACCGAUUCCAAUGCUACUCCCUCAAAUACGCGUCCACAAUCUCUAUAUGGUAUAAACGCUCCAGAUCUGCCUCCACGCAUCGACCGACAUGUCAAACCUUCUGAUAUCAUCGGAAAUACACCGCCAUCCCGCACCAAUAGCUCAGGCGGUACGAUCGGUCGAUCUGCUCAGGAGCGACUCUUUGGCAAACCGGCUGUCAGUGACGAUGUUCAAGCCGAAUAUGUUUCAAGAACAACAACGAACGAUUCAAUUGACCGCACUCAACAAAGCUCUUUGGAUAGACAGCAAAGGAUGAAUUCCGUUGUAGCGAGUCCACUUAAGCCUACACAGCAAAAUGGGUCGGCUUAUGAUAGUGUGUCGAGCUAUGAUUCAUACAAUACAACACAAUUGGCGGGUAUUCAGAACGUAAGGCUGGGACCAAACGCACCAGAUGAUCUCAAGUCAGUACCGAAUGCAAAUGGACGUCCAUUACCUCCAGGGGGAAUAAAUCCAAAUGGACAAGAAUUCAGAGGCGUACAUGAUCAUCAUGCAAGGAACUUCAUUGGAGCGAAUGAUCUCAAUCGACAAAACAGCCCCGGAAGACCUCAAUAUCAUGAUAUGGUUUCGGCGAGAAAUAUUGAUCCGCGAAAUGCAAUUUUAAACACACCUCCAAGACCUUCCAAUCUGGGUUUAGAAAAUAGUCCGCGCAAGCAAGUUCUCGAAACAAAAACCGACUAUGGGAAAUACAGCCGGAACAAUUCAGCAUCUCAAGCUGACUAUUCAAAAAUUCCAAAAAAUACACAUGGUAUUGUUCCACCACCGAACGUCAAUGCAAACGGAAAUGGUACACCAAAUGGAAGUGGCGGACCAUUCAAACCUGUGCCACCACCAAAACCGAAAAAUUACCGUCCACCUAUGCAGGGUAAUGGACAAUGGGAAAAUGGAGAACCCGGUUCACCUAGAUCACCAAAUGGAUUUUUCUAUCCACCUACACCUUCCCAUUAUCAUCAUUCUCAAACACCUGGAUCACCGCACACCUCCAAUUCAAACGGUUCAGGACAACAAAACCAUAUUUAUGGGACUAGCGGUGGAGGUGGCGGUGGGCAUUAUAAUGGAAAUAGUCAACAAAAUUCUUAUGUUCAAUCCAAUGGCUACAAUGGCAAUGGACAUCCUUAUUCGGGAGGAGGAGGUCAACAGUACAUGCACCGUAGCCAUCCUCCACAAAUUGCUAACCUCCCGCCACAUACACCUGAACGACAUGCUCUCGAUUUGGCCGGCAGUCGAGAACAACGAGGAUCAGCUUUUGAGUUAUAUCGGAAACCGCAGAUUGGAGCUGCCGGGCACCAUCAUAAUAUGAGCGAUAUGGAGCCGUAUGACGAGCGGUACAGUAACUACUACCAAGUUCCACAACAUCCUUCUCGUGCCGUUUAUGGAUCAGACCCUGCUAAUAAUGCAGCCGCAUACCACCAUCUUCAGCAACAACAAUAUUAUAAUAUGUAUCCAAAUUCCCCACCGCCUCCUUUGCCAAAAGUCAAAAAGAAAUCCGUACUCAAAUCCCCACUGACUGCAAUUAAGAACGCUCUUAUUAAGUCCACCCGACCUUUACGUCGUAUGAACAGCAUGGUGGAGCCAGAUAAAAAAUCUAAGCCUUUGAGGAGACAGUAUUCCAUGAUGGAACGGGGAAUAGGUCGACUUCAAUAUCCCGACGAUUAUCCCACCUAUCCCGCCGGAAUGCAUGAUCAAAGAAUUCCGUAUAACGGAGGGCGGGCGACUAGUGUACCCGUUCGCGAUCAUUACCUUUCACGCGAACAGCAAGAUAUGAUGAAUAGUACAUAUCAAAACCUUGAAAGCGAGGACAUAUAUGGAAACAUAGCCCCAGCUCAAUGUCGAAGGGAAGAUUACGAUGACAUGUAUUCGAACAGAGCAUUGAUAGACCUUGAAAGAAGGCAGGCAGAGAUGAUUGCUGCUAAUAGAAACGGCACAGGCGGUCGUAGAAUAAUUCGUCGUCAUAGUACAAGUGUUGCAGAUCGUAGCUCAGAUACACGUCGAAGACCUUCCCAACGCAUGCAGAGUCCUGAAGCGUAUGCCCGCGAAGAAAUAUACCAAAGUCGACAGGGUGCUUACAUGUUAACCGAACCAAGAAGACCUCCGAAUUCUGAGGUCAUGACUCGUCGUCGUUUCUAUCCUGAUCAAAUGGAUAUAUCUGAAGAUCCAAUCUAUCAAACUCGCCGAGAAGUUCAACGAAACCAGAUAUAUCAGUCGAAAAAAGAAAUGCAAGAACGCAUAGCAGCAGGAAAAAAAGAUAUUGAAAGAGAAUUUAGUCCUCCCAGUAGUAGCCAGUCGGAACGCGAUGACAAAUCCGAACGAGACUCUAUCUAUCAAUCUCGUCGGGAAGUUAAAGAGAGCGGCCUUAAAACAAGAUCUCAACUUCGCGAACAGAUUUAUCAAACCCGCCGUGAAGCAAUGGAAUCGAUGGCGGAACCUAUUUACGUUUCAAAAAGGGAUGUAGUUAGGCCCGAGCCUAUAUAUGAGACAAAAGAAGAAUGUAGUAUACUAGCAUCAGGAGAAAAUGAAACCGAUGAGAAAAAAGAAGAAAAAACAGAUAUUACAAUAAUUGUGAACGGAAAUGGUGGUGGAAGUAAUGGUUCUUCUCAAGAAGAAACCCUAAACAAUUCAAAACACUCUGACCUGCAACUUUCUGCAGACACAGUAAUUGAGAAAACAGUCAUUCCGGCUCUAGCUGCAGCAAGUUUAGCUGAACCAGAAGACGAUGAUGUGUCGGAUGAAAAUGAGGUCGAAGAAGAAGAAAUUGAAGAUUUAGCGUCUGCAAAAAUUGCAGAACCAACAAAGCCCCUACUUUCGCCAACAGCAGCAACGCGAUCUCCUUAUCACAUAGCAAAUAUGCGACGCACAGCUGCUUCGCGAACAUCACUUGAAACUCAAUAUACAUCACAAGCUAGUUUACCCGUAGGACCACCGAACGCAACUAGCACACCUUAUGCAAGUGACAUGUCACUACCAAUGGCUGGGCCCGUUAGAGGGCCAACAGUUUCCGGAGGAUCUGCAAGCCAAAGAUUUCCAACAGUGCCACGAGAGCCGACAACAACAAAAGGUGUCUUCGAUCACAAUGGUGGUACCUUAGCGGAUAAUUUUUGGAAUGUUUCGCUUCAAAUACCACCAAAUGCUAUACCGCAAGGUGUCAAACAAGAGAUCUAUUUUACCGUUAGCGAUCCACGAAUGGGCGAGACAGUUGGCGGACCACCAUUGGACAUGGAAAAUGGUGAAACAAUGCUCUCGCCUUUAGUAAUGUGCGGCCCACAAGGUUUGGAGUUCCUAGUCCCAGUGACCUUGAACAUCCCUCAUUGUGCCGGACGAACAGCAUCGCUGGGACUAGCCCUGAAGGCCACCGAUAGCGAAAAGAAUCUUCACACUGAAUGGGAUAAUAUUGAUUUACCAAGCAAUGCAGCCGCACAUACUGUUUCAGUUAAAGUCGACCAUUUUUGAAAUAAACUUAACUUUAAAUUUAAACAAAAGAAAUAUAAAUAACAGUGGUAUUUUAUUGAGUUGCUAAAUUAGUUUUUAUUUUUGAUCUGACUGUUUACAUUAUUGUUUAUCGAUUCGAAUUAUUAUUUUAUUAUUAAAAUAUUUUUUUUUUUUUUUCAAAAAUAUUAUUUGUAGGUAUUAACUUUUUAUUUAAUAAUAAGCCAAUUGUAUUUUUAUGUAAAUAAUUAAAUUUCAACAUUUUUUUAAGUAAUUUUAAUUAUGCAUUAACAAUAAAAUGAACGAGUUAUUUACGAAAAAAAUGAAAAUUAUUAUAUUUCGUGCCUUUUAAAUAUUUGUGUGUCAAUACAUAUGAAGAAAAACUCAAAAUAAAAAAUUGUAUGACAUACAUUUUUACGAAAUAUCGAUUUACAUAAGAAUAAUUAUUAACCGCGCCUGUAGCAUGAAACAUAAUAAUAAAUAAAUAUAUAAUAUAUCAAUACGCUAUUUUAUACAUAAAUAUAUACCAUGUAAAUAUCGAUUUAAUU